CGAGAUUGGAACCUCACCUCCUUUGAUAUAGGGCGACCGUUGGGAAAAGGCAAAUUUGGUCGUGUCUACAUGGUCCGAACGAAAUGUGAACCGCGCUACAUCCUCGCACUUAAAUGUCUGUACAAAUCCGAGAUCGUCGAGUCUAAAGUGGAGAAGCAGAUCCGUCGGGAAAUCGAGAUCCAGCAGAACCUACGUCACCCAAAUAUUUUACGACUUUAUGGAUACUUCCACGAUGAGAAGCGCAUCUUCCUUAUGCUCGAGUAUGCUGGAAAGGGUGAACUAUACAAGCAGCUGAAUAAAUGCGGAUCAUUCUCAGAGAAGCGAAGUUCGCGGUACAUUGACCAGAUGGCUGACGCGUUGUCGUAUCUACAUUCGAAACACGUCAUUCAUCGUGAUAUCAAGCCUGAGAACCUGUUACUGGGAAUUAAUGGAGAGCUGAAGAUUGGUGACUUUGGCUGGAGUGUUCAUGCUCCAGGCAACAGACGGCGAACGCUUUGUGGGACUCUUGACUAUCUUCCUCCAGAAAUGGUACUGGGAAAGGAACACAAUGAAAGGGUCGACUACUGGGCUCUUGGAGUACUCACGUAUGAAUUCCUAUGUGGUGCACCGCCAUUUGAAGACUUGAGUGGACAUUCUGCGACAUAUAAGCGAAUAGCGAAAGUGGACCUGAAGAUCCCUCCGAGAGUCUCGGUUGCUGCGAAGGACUUGAUAACCAAACUUCUUCAAUUUGAUCCCGCGAAGCGCAUGCCGUUGUCUGAAGUUUUGCAGCAUCCGUGGAUUACGAUGUACCGCAAGCGAACGAGGGGAAAAGAAUCGUCGUCGAAGGAUAAAGAAAAUGAGCCGUCUACGGAAAAGGCACCGACGGAGAAACCAUAA